AGGCUUGUUUGAAAAUUUGUCUAUAUGAUAUUAAGUUGGAUUUUAUUUGGAGUGGUGUUUUCCCUAUUUACGCCAGGCCCAGCGGAGGAAUUGAUUGUGAAUGGAAAUGGGAAUAGAAAAAGUAGCGUUACAACGGGCAAAUUGGUUGCAAAAUAUGGAUACCCCUUCGAAGAACAUUCUGUUGAGACAUCGGAUGGAUACAUUUUGGGCGUUCACCGAAUUCCAUAUUCACCAAAACCAAAGGUGAAGGUCCCCUCCAAAAAACCACGUCCAGUUGUUUUUCUCAUGCACGGAUUAUUGGCCUCCUCCAGUGAUUGGGUUCUCUUGGGUCCAGAAACUGCAUUGGCCUUCCAACUGUCCGAUGCCGGUUACGAUGUGUGGAUGGGCAAUGCUCGUGGAAACGUCUAUUCUCGAAAACAUCGUUCUCGGAGUCCUCGAUUCCAGAGAUUUUGGAAUUUCGAUUGGCAUGAAAUUGGCAUAUACGAUAUACCUGCAACGAUUGAAUACAUCUGCAAUUUGACGGGAGAGGAUCAGGUUACUUAUUUUGGCCAUUCUCAGGGUACAACUACUUUUUUGGUGAUGAGCUCACUGGAUACCGAAAUUCAGCAUCGCAUCAAGUCUGCUCACUUACUUGCACCGGUGGCCUUUAUGAAACACUUAAAGUCACCAUUUCUUAAGUGGACUUCUCUAAUGACGGGUCUUCCGAAUUUUUUCCCUGAACUUUUUGGCAGCAUGGAGUUUAUGCCAAGCUCCAAACUAAUGGAGAUGCUCGGUUAUUCGGUGUGCACUGAAUCAUCAAUCUUCAGUGGCCUCUGUUCGAAUCCUUUAUUCCUCAUUGCUGGUUUUGACACAGAAAACCUUAACGAAGCUCUACUUCCUGAUAUCAUGGCCACAGGUCCAGCUGGUGCAUCUGUCAACCAACUUUACCACUUUAUGCAAGAGAAGAAUUCUGGUCGUUUCCGCGAAUUUGAUUAUGGCCUUGCACGUAAUUUGGCGAAAUAUAAUUCAAGGAAACCACCAAAUUAUCCGCUUGAAAAUAUUGAUGUACCAAUUUAUUUGUACUAUGGCAAAAACGAUUACUUAUCUGCUGUAGUUGAUGUUGAGAAGCUUAUCAAGGAACUUCCAAAAUCAAGCCUUAGAAGAGCCUACUUGGUUCCACAUCCAAGAUGGAAUCAUUUUGACUUUUUGUGGGGAUUAAAUACUCAGGAACAAGUUUAUGAUGCUAUUUUCGAGGAUUUAGCUGAAGUUAAUAGAAAGUAAUGAGUUAUAAUUAAUUUAAGCUAAAUAAAGUUUACAUCAGCGAUGUAAAACAGCAAAUUAUUAAAAUAA